UGUUUCUCGCUGUUACAAGCAAAGCCAAAAACCUUUCCUCCUUGUUUUUGUCACUAUUCCAAACCCCAAUCUCAGUCCUAGACUGAGCUCAACCGACGCCGCCGUCCAUGGCAGACCCGACGUCGGAGCAGAUAAUCUAUCUGCACGGCGACCUUGACCUCCAAAUCAUCGAGGCCCGGCGGUUACCUAACAUGGACAUCGUCUCCGAACGGUUCCGCCGCUGCUUCACCGCCUGCGACACCAUCAACUGUGGUUCUCACUCCGAGGAGGCUCAGCAGUCGGCCGAGGACGGCAAGAUUUCUCACCACCGGAAGCUCAUCACCAGCGACUCUUACGUCAGCGUGUGCGUGCCUCAGGCCACGGUGGCGCGUACACGCGUCAUCAAGAACGCGCAGAAUCCUCAGUGGGGGGAGACUUUUUGCAUCCCGCUCGCGCAUCCCGUGGCUAAGCUUGAGUUUCAGGUCAAAGAUAACGACGUCUUCGGCGCGCAGAUUAUCGGCACCGCUUCGAUCUCGGCGGCCAAAAUCGCCACCGGAGAAGUGAUUUCCGGCUGGUUCGAUAUUGUCGGACCCGCCGGAAAGCCUCCGAAGCCUCAGUGCGCGAUCAAUGUCGAGUUGAAGUUCACUCCCGUCGAGAAAAAUCCGGCAUACAAGCACGGCAUAGCCGGCGAUCCAGAACGGAAGGGAGUCCCCAACACAUACUUCCCUCUGAGAAAAGGCAGUCACGUGCGGCUCUACCAGGACGCGCACGUGCCGGAGGGGCUGCUGCCGCAGAUUGAAUUGGAUGGAAGGAAGGUUUAUAAGUCUGAGAAUUGCUGGGAAGACAUUUGCUAUGCGAUUUCGGAGGCUCACCAUAUGAUUUAUGUGGCUGGAUGGUCUAUAUAUCACAAAGUGAGGCUGGUUAGAGAGCCGAGCCGGCCGUUGCCACGCGGCGGCGAAUUGACGCUAGGAGAUAUGCUCAAGUAUAAGUCAGAAGAAGGCGUGCGGGUGUUGAUGCUGGUCUGGGAUGAUAAGACCUCCCAUGACAAGUUCUACUUAAAAUCGGCAGGAAUGAUGGGAACACAUGAUGAAGAAACCCGGAAGUUUUUCAAGAAUUCAUCUGUCACUUGUGUUCUGGCACCUCGCUAUGCCAGUAGUAAGCUUAGCAUUAUGAAACAACAGGUUGUUGGAACCCUCUUUACACACCAUCAAAAAUGUGUAAUUGUGGACACACAAGCGUCUGGUAAUAACCGCAAGAUAACUUCAUUUUUAGGGGGGCUUGAUCUCUGUGAUGGUCGUUAUGACACGCCUGAGCACAGAUUAUUUCGUGAUGUUGACACUGUGUUUAAAGAAGAUUUCCAUCAACCUACCUUUCCUGCUGGAACCAAGGCUCCAAGGCAACCAUGGCAUGAUUUGCACUGUAGAAUUGAUGGGCCUGCUGCAUAUGAUGUUCUCAUAAACUUUGAGCAACGGUGGAGGAAAGCAACACAAUGGAGGGAGUUUGGACUACGUAAAAAGGUUUCGCAUUGGCAUGAUGAUGCUUUAAUUAAGAUAGGCCGUAUUUCAUGGAUACUCAGUCCUGAGAUACCAGUUUCAAAGGAUAGUAAAUUUACAGUCAUUCCCAAAAACGACACAGCUGUAUGGGUUCAGAGAGAAGAUGACCCCGAAAAUUGGCAUGUUCAGAUUUUCCGGUCUAUUGACUCCGGAUCACUGAAAGGAUUUCCCAAAGAUGUAAUUGUUGCUGAGUCACAGAACCUUAUUUGCUCAAAGGAUCUAGUAAUAGAUAAAAGCAUUCAGACAGCAUACAUCAAGGCAAUCAGAUCUGCCCAACAUUUCAUAUACAUUGAAAAUCAGUAUUUUCUUGGUUCAUCAUAUGCAUGGCCAGAUUAUAAAAAUGCAGGAGCUGACAAUCUUAUUCCAAUGGAGUUGGCACUGAAGAUUGCCAGCAAAAUUAGAGCAAAUGAGAGAUUUGCAGUGUAUGUAGUUUUACCUAUGUGGCCUGAAGGUGAUCCGAAAACUGCUGCAAUGCAAGAAAUUCUCUACUGGCAGAGCCAAACAAUGCAAGCAAUGUAUGAUGUUGUCGCACGAGAAUUGAAAGCCUUGCAGCUUAAGGGCGUACAUCCUCAAGAUUACCUUAAUUUCUAUUGCCUUGGUAAUCGGGAAAAACUGUCUGAGGAACCAUCAAACAUCAAUGGUUCUACGAUAUCUGAUGCAUACAAGUAUCAACGCUUUAUGAUUUAUGUUCAUGCCAAGGGUAUGAUAGUGGAUGACGAGUAUGUUAUAGUGGGGUCUGCCAAUAUCAACCAAAGAUCAAUGGCUGGUACAAAAGACACCGAGAUAGCUAUGGGUUCGUAUCAACCCCAUCACACUUGGGCUGAGAAGAAGAGACAUCCUUGUGGUCAGAUAUAUGGGUAUCGAAUGUCGCUCUGGGCUGAACAUCUUGGUAUGUUUGACCCAUGCUUUAAAGAGGCAGGAAGUUUGGAAACUGUUAGAACUGUGAAUGGCAUUGCCGAAGAAAACUGGAAGAGAUACACAUCACCGGAUUUCACAGAAUUGCAAGGUCACCUUCUUAGGUAUCCGUUGCUGGUAGAUGCUGAUGGUAAGGUGAAACCUCUGCCAGGUUAUGAAAUUUUCCCUGAUGUUGGCGGGAAAGUUAUUGGAGCUCAUUCUGCUACACUUCCUGAUCAAUUGACAACAUAGGACCUCCGUGUAUGCUAUUUUGUUUGUUCAUAACAGGAUUGUCCAAAUAUCGUCGAAGUAAUAGGUGUUGUUAGCCUUUCAAGUUUCUACUAAAGAUCAAACUAGAUGAUAUUCCUUUCUUGCCAUAUUAGGACCUCUUAUUGUGGGUUAAAUGUGUACAUUUUGUGAAAUUGUUAAUGGUUCGUGGCAUGUCACCUGGACAACGGGGGAUAUUGCAUACUGUGAAAUGUGAAUGGGGUUUCUUCGUUUACUUAUCUGGUGUGUUAUU